UGGAGGAGGGCUCUACUCUGCAGUCUGCGGCUAUAAAUACACUGCCAGAGAUAAUCUUUCUCAAUACAGUGAUUCAAACUCCUUCUUCUUCAAUAGCAGGAAAAAUAAAAGCUCAUUCUGUCCUCGUUCUCUUGAGUUCGAAAACUUCUAAUGCUUCUGUUUUCUCUCAUGGCGACUCUUUUCCUCCGGUAAGCUUUUCCUCCUGAAACCCACCGAAAGUUCCUUCUUCUUUGAACCCACCAUCUCUUUAGUUCAUUAGCUAUCCAAAACUCCUUGGAUCACUCUGUUUCCGAACUAAAGUUAAAAUUUUCUUUCCUUUUUCACCCCCUCUGUUUUAUGUAAGGAAAGAAUAUAAAACUGUUUCAACCUUUGCCAUUUUUGUUUUCUUUGCCUUCCUGUGCUAAUUUUCACCAUCUCUCAGGGAAUAAAGGACCAGAUUUUAGUGGCCUUGUUUCCUACGCAUUGUGUUUAUAACAAAAUUGUUCUGUUCCAAUUUUAACGAAAAAAGGCACUCGGAAAAAAAUUCCAUUACCUAUGGAGACAAUCCGAGACCACAACCUUCCGUUCACGUUCACCGUCGGUUCCGAUAUCCGAUCAUCUUUAUCGGAACUCAUAUUAACAGGUGGCACCAACACUCUGGACUCAAUUUUCUCUCGUUGCCCUCCAUCAAACACCAUCACCAGCUCGGUUUCUGAGCCUCUAGGUUCCUCGGUAUACCUCCACCAGAGAGAUCUUCUCCAGAGGUUCUGCCAGGAAAGCCGAGGAAACUGUUCGUUUACUCGCAGUUCGGUGGCUUACCCAUUUCAAAGCUCUGCCUGCGCAAGCAGCACAAGCGGUUACAUAAAUCCAUGCAAGAAAAAUCUAUACAGAGGAGUAAGGCAGAGGCACUGGGGCAAAUGGGUAGCCGAGAUUAGACUACCCCAGAACAGAAUGAGAGUCUGGUUGGGUACCUAUGACACGGCCGAAGCCGCUGCUUACGCUUACGACCGUGCUGCUUAUAAGCUUCGUGGAGAAUAUGCGCGCUUGAAUUUCCCAAAUCUUACGGACCCAAGUACGCUAGGAUUCGGAGACUCUGCAAAGUUGAGUGCUUUGAAAAGCUCGGUGGAUGCUAAAAUCCAAGCGAUUUGUCAGAAGGUGAAAAGAGAGAGAGCAAAAAAGAAUGCGAAGAAAAGCAGAGCAAGUGUUGGGAGUCAUGGCACUGAGAUUGAGAAGGCAAUGAAGGUUGAAUCGUCUCCGUCUUCAUCUACGUCAUCGUUCCCGGUGUCGCCGUUGGAUCUGGGUGAUAAUUGGAGCAGCGAAUUGUUAUCAUCAGAAAUAACUGAGGACGAGUUUUUGAUGGGCGAGAAUUCACCGUCCUCUGUUUUAACAGGCUGCCCAAUCUCAGUGGCAGAGGAACCUGAAUUAGAAGGAUGUUCGCUGGCGAGAAUGCCGUCUUUCGAUCCCGAAUUGAUCUGGGAAGUCCUCGCUAAUUAGAACAGAACUUUGUUUCUCAAGCUGAAUUGGUGAAAAUUGUUGGGAGGAUAUUUAGGAUUUUAGAGGUAUUUCAUUGGAUGUUAAGCAGGGUUUUUUCAAGUGUAAAUGGUAGUGUUGGUGGGGGGCUCUGUAGGCAAUUUCUUUCUUGUUCCGAGCAAACAUUGUUAGCCUUAGAAUUUUGUAGGGUUACUUGCAGCUGAGUAAAGGGUUGUUAUGCAGCUUAUGCUUAUGUUUUAGCCUUCUGCCUUUCAGUACGAAGGCAUUAAGAAUAUGUUGUAAGAAGUACUCACUGCUAUGCACAAAGGGAUUUCAUAUGUGAAUCCUGGGGUUUACUUUUA